CAAAUUUUAAUACCAAUUUUUCCUUCAGAUCUAUUUAUAUAGACUUUCUUUUCUCUCUGUUUUUCUAAAGUUUUUAACUUUCAAUAUUUACCUUGAUACGAGAAUUUUAAAAUGUGGAACUUGACCGGUAAAGGGUCUUCUAGUGAUAUUUUAAAUAGACAACAACAGUGUCAUAUAAAAGCAUAUGGACUUGUUUCGCGUGCGCUGAAACUUGAUGAACAAAACCAGAAAGACAAGUCCCUAGUCAUUGAUUUGUAUACUGAAGGAAUCAAGGAAUUGGAAUCUGGAAUAAGCAUUCAUAUAGAAGGGAUUGGGGAAUCAUAUGAACGGGCUAAGAGGUUACAAGAAAAGAUGAGAACCACCCUGCACAUGGCAAGAGAUCGUCUAAUUAUUUUACAAGGCGUAAGCCAUUUACAUAAUCUACCUCUCGCCGACCAGGACGAAGAAGUUGAAUCUGUAGAAUAUAUGUCCAACCAUAGAAGUACAACUGAAAUAAAACAUCAAAUUUUUGACGAAUCGAAGGACUUGGCAAGCGUUCCACGCCUACCUGGUGCUACAUGUAGUCGCUCUGGGACGGUUCGAAAGCAAGUCAUAACACCUGUGCGUAGAAUUAAUGCUGCAAAGCCAAACGUCGUUUCUGCUUCUCAGUCAGCUAAUAAAAACAGUCCAAUACCUAAAGGAGGAGGUGUCAAAUGUCAUACCGCUAUUACCUCUAUCGCCAAAACAACGCCACCAACUAGACUGCCUACCGCUGCAAAUAAUCGCCGUCCUGCAGUUUUACCUACCAAUACGCCGCCUAGAGCCGCGGUCUCCGUUGUAACUAAGCGGACUUCAAAAGUUUCCACAAUCAAAGGCGUUGACUCAAAACUGGCAUCUUUAAUCUUGGACGAAAUUGUGGACGGUGGAGUGGAUGUUUCUUUUGGUGAUAUUGCUGGCUUGCAGCAAGCCAAGCAAGCAUUACAAGAAAUUGUUAUUCUUCCGUCCUUAAGGCCUGAGCUCUUUACAGGUCUUCGGUCUCCUGCCCGUGGUCUCCUGCUUUUUGGCCCCCCAGGUAAUGGGAAAACUCUGCUUGCUCGUGCAGUCGCUAGCGAGUCGUCGGCUACAUUCUUCAAUAUUUCCGCUUCUAGCUUGACAUCUAAAUAUGUUGGUGAAGGUGAAAAACUCGUGCGUGCCCUUUUUGGGGUUGCAAGAGAAUUGCAGCCCUCAAUAAUCUUUGUCGACGAGAUUGAUUCACUUUUGUGUGAACGUAGAGAAGGGGAACACGAAGCGAGCCGAAGACUAAAAACAGAAUUCCUUUGUCAGUUUGAUGGACUUCUUGCUUCUAAUGAAGAAAGAAUUCUAGUCAUGGGCGCUACUAAUAGACCACAAGAACUCGACGAAGCCGUCCUAAGGCGUUUUCCAAAGAGAAUUUAUAUCAGUUUGCCGGAUGUUUCUGCAAGAGCCCUACUACUUACGAAACUUCUUUCGAAGCACAACAAUCCAUUAUGUGAAAAACAGCUUGCUAAACUCGCUGAGCUAACCGAUAGCUAUUCUAGUUCGGAUUUGACAGCCCUGGCCAAAGACGCGGCUCUUGGACCUAUAAGAGAACUUGGGCCAGAAAAAGUUAAAUUUAUGAAGACACAACAGCUUCGUCCGAUUAGUAUGCAAGAUUUCCUAGACUCUCUAAAGAGAGUUCGUCAUAGUGUAUCGGAAUCUUCACUAAACGUCUACGCAAAAUGGAAUCGUGAAUACGGAGACGUAAGCAUGUAAAGCAAUUUUCAACUAGCUCUGUAAGCAUUGAAAGCUGCAAAACUCAAUUGUCCUGUCAUACCGCAAAGGCUUGCUUCUCUUAAUUCUUUAACGCCCAGAAACGAUUUACAAUAUCUAUAUAUGUGUAUUUUCUAAUAAAAAUUUAUAUAGUA